AUGGAUAAGUUCCGGAUGAUAUUCCAGUUCUUGCAAUCUAACCAGGAGUCCUUCAUGAAUGGCAUCUGUGGGAUCAUGGCUCUGGCCAGUGCCCAGAUAUACUCAGCUUUUGACUUCAGCUGCCCCUGCCUGCCUGGGUACAACCUGGCAUACAGCGGGGGCAUCCUGCUGGUGCCCCCCUUGGUGCUCUUCCUGCUGGGACUGGUGAUGAACAACAACAUCUCCAUGCUAGCCGAGGAGUGGAAGCGGCCCACCGGCCAGCGGCAUAAGGACCCCGCUGUGCUACGAUAUAUGUUCUGUUCCAUGGCCCAGCGGGCGCUGAUUGCACCUGUGGUCUGGGUGGCCGUCACCCUGCUGGAUGGCAAAUGCUUCCUGUGUGCCUUCUGUACGGCCGUGCCUGUGGCCACUCUGGGAAACUCAAGUCAAGUCCCCAGCCUGGCCCAGCAGGAGAUAGCCAGGCUGCUGGCUCGAAUCCCUUGCCAGGACAUCUAUGAUGGAGAGUGGCUGAUCGCCCGAGAAGUGGCCGUCAGAUAUUUGCGCUGCAUCUCCCAGGCUUUGGGCUGGACCUUUGUGCUGCUGACCACGCUCCUGGCAUUCAUCGUCCGGGCAGUUCGGCCCUGCUUCACCCAGGCCGCCUUCCUCAAGAGCAAGUACUGGUCCCACUACAUCGACAUCGAGCGCAAGCUCUUUGACGAGACCUGCACCGAGCACGCCAAGGCCUUCGCCAAGGUCUGCAUCCAACAGUUCUUCGAAACCAUGAACCACGACCUGACCUUGGGUCACUCCCAUCCAAGACCAGCCAAGGCCCCCGCUGAAGGGGCAGAGGAUGAGCGGGAGAAGCUUCAUGGCAUCACUGACCAGGGUACCAUGAACCAGCUGCUCAAGAGCUGGCAUAAGUGUAAGCCCCCGCUACGGCUGGACCAGGAGGAGCCGCUCCUGGAGAAUGGCUGGGCAGGUGGGGCACCUGGGCCUGGCCCAGCCCCUAUCCUGAGGAAGGAGGUAGCCACCUACUUCAGCAAAGUAUGA